ACAGAUAGGUGGCGCGCGUUGUUGUUACUCAGCCGUAAAGCUCGAGUGACUGGAGUGACUAUCGUCUUAGCUUAGCUUUUUUUAUUCUUGGAUCCCUCGCCAGUGCUACUAAGGCAUUUAAAAUAAAAUAUGUCGUCAUUACAAGGAAAGGUCUGCUUAAUAACAGGUGCGAGUUCAGGUAUCGGUGCUGCUACGGCCAUCCACUUUGCCUCCCUUGGAGCCAAGCUAGCUCUGACAGGUAGAGACAAGGAUUCCCUGGAGGCGACCAAGGCAAACUGCAUAGAGGAAGGACUGGAAGAGAAAGAGGUGUUUCUGUGUGCCGGUGAUUUAACUGUGGACGCAGACGUGGAGCGAAUAAUCAAGAAAUGCACCGCGUAUUACAAAGGCACCCUGGACGUACUGGUGAACAAUGCAGGUAUAGCGCGUCACGGCACCUUACUAGACACGACCAUGGACGUGUACGAUAGUGUGAUGAGCAUUAAUAUACGAGCCGUGUUCUACCUAACGCAGCUGGCUGCACCGUUCCUGAUGGAAACUAAAGGAGCGAUAGUUAAUGUAUCGAGCGUGAAUGGAGUACGAUCAUUUUAUGGCACGAACGCUUACUGUAUAUCCAAGGCGGCAUUGGACCAGUUUACACGCUGCACUGCUCUAGACAUGGCCGCCUAUGGAGUUCGAUGCAAUGCAGUCAACCCUGGUAUGAUACCUACAAAUAUACUACAGCGUGCAGGCAUGAGUGAUGAGGCUUGUGAAGCGUUCCUCGAGCGAUGCAAGAGGACGCACGCCCUCGGCCGGAUCGGGACAACGGAUGAGGUUGCCAAGGCGAUCGCAUUUCUCGCUUCGGCCGAGUCUUCGUUCAGCACCGGAGCGACUUUCCCCGUCGAUGGAGGCAGACACGCCAUGUGUCCACGAUGAUCGGUGAUGUCAUCCGCGAACCCCACGAUGAUGUCAUCCACGAACCCCACGAUGAUGUCAUCCACGAACCCCACAAUGAUGUCAUCCGCGAACGAACUACACAUUAACACGAUUAUAACUUGAAAGCAUUUCUGUGUCGCUCAAAGUAUAUUCUUCUUCUAAGGUGUAAUGUUAGAUAAAUAGAUUUGUAAAUCAUGUUACUUUAUAUCAUCUGCAGUAGGAAUGCGUUGUUAAAAUUUUAAUAUAAUAAAUGUGUUAAAAUAUAUAAUAUGUAGAAGUUCAAUUUUAAAA